UUGAAAUGCAAAGAGUCUUUAUUUAUGCAGAUAAUCAGAGAUAGAAAAUAUAAAGGCGCCAAUAUGCGACAUUGUAUCACCGUACGAGACAGAAUGUAGCAAUGCAGUCACGGGUGAGAGAGAGAGAGAGAGAGAGAGAGAGAGAGAGAGCGCGAACGUGCGGAGAGCGCGCGCGCGCGCACCACAUACAGGUGAGCUACCUGUCAGAUCACUGAAGCAGCGCAGCAUCUCGUCAUGCACAUCCCUCCCGUACCUUACUAUCAUUCCCACAUCGAGCUGUUGCACUUCUCUCUCUCUGGAAUACCGCUUAGCACAUGCAGGAUAGGCUUUUUCACUUUUCAAAUGUUCCACCUGUACUGCAGAACUUUUGAUGAGUCAGUAGACGGGACCAUCUUGAUCUGGUUCAUCAAGCGAUCCCACAGUCCCAUAGUUUCUCCAUCUAUCCCGCAGUGUAAAGAUAGGUGGCGCGUGUGUCAGAGUCUCAAAGCGCAAAAGUAAAAGAGAGAGCGCAGAAAUGUCAUCUGAAGAGGCGGAACACGUCAGUGCGUCCUCAGAUCUUGGAUGAAGGAGCGGAGCCCAUGCGGACUGCCAUCUGACCCACUCUUAUCAAUGAAGCAGGAGAUCAUGGCGGAGGGUCCCCGGUGUAAGAGGAGAAAACAGGCCAACCCGAGGAGAAAGAACGUGUUGAGCUAUGAAAAUGUGGUGGAUGCCGGUUCAGGGUCCGAUGAGGAGGACAGACUGCUGGGUUCUGAGGGCGAAGGCAGUCCAGCAGGAGUGCCUAGUCUGGAGGCCUCACCCCGGGUAGCACAAGCUCUGCUCUCCUGCCGGGACGAUGAAGAAAAUGAAAGCCAGGAUGGGGCAGGAGCCCACGUUUGGCACCACAGAGAUGUCAACGGCUCAGAGGAGAGAAAAGCUGAGUACAACUCCUUGAGUCCUGACAUCUCUCUCCAUGGAAUUGGAAAUGGUACAGUUAAGGGUAUUGAUGCCACUUCGGAGCUGGAAAGUUUCUUUGGCAAUAGAAAACUGGAUGAUGGUGAGGGACAUGGGCCGAGCAUUGCAGAGUACCUGCAGGACACUGUUAUCAUUUACCCAGAGGACCCAGAGGAGGGCACGAGACUGGGCACACCAGAGACCAAUGGACAAGAUGAAAAUGAAAAUGACCUGGCACUAAGGACGCCAGAUGCCUUUGCCCAACUGUUGACUUGCCCCUACUGUGACCGGGGCUACAAGCGGCUGACCUCCCUAAAGGAGCACAUCAAGUACCGACAUGAGAAAAAUGACGAGAGCUUCCCCUGUCCCCUGUGCAGUGACACCUUUGCCUACCGCACCCAGCUUGAGCGCCAUAUGGCCACACACAAGUCAACCAGAGAACAGCCACAACUGCUAAACGAAGGGGCAGAUAACCGCAAGUUCAAAUGCACAGAGUGUGGAAAAGCCUUCAAAUACAAACAUCAUUUGAAAGAGCACCUCCGUAUACACAGUGGAGAGAAGCCAUAUGAGUGCUCCAACUGUAAGAAGCGCUUCUCCCACUCUGGCUCCUACAGCUCCCACAUAAGUAGCAAGAAGUGCAUUGGCCUCAUCUCUAUGAAUGGACGGGUACGCCAUGGAGUCAGCACAAAGCCAGGUUCAUCACCAAACUCUGCCGCAUCCUCCCCUGGCAGUCCUGCCUUAGCUCAGCUCCGUCACAAACUGGAGAACGGCAGGUCCAUGAGUCUCCAAGAUCCAUCUGCCCACUCGGACAUCAAGUCUGAGCCCAUGGACUUCAAUGAAUACCGUCUCAUGAUCGCAUCUCAGCAAGAAUAUGGAGGGUCAGGAGCCUUUAUAAAUGGUGGUGGCCGUGGGGGGAGCCCUCUAGGUAUGCAACACUUGGGUAUUGAGUUAAAUUGUCAUCCAUUGGGAUAUCCAGGGUUCAGCAACAACAUGAGUGAGGUUCAGAAAGUUCUUCAGAUCGUGGACAACACAGUUUUCCGACAGAAAAUGGAUGGCAACCCAGAAGAGAUCUCUAAGCUCAGAGCAUACAUUAAAGAAUUAGGCACCCAGAUGGAGAAGCAGAAGCUUGCGCUGGCCUCCCAGCAAGCUUUCCUUGGUGUUGGUCAUAACAGUCCAACCAAGACCAUCAUUGACUACACACUGGAAAAGGUCAAUGAAGCCAAAGCGUGUCUCCAGAGUUUAACGGAAGAUUCUAAGAGGCGGACUGUGGAGAUCAAGAAAGAAAGACCCAGCCAUAGCAUGGAUCUUGGAUCUGAAGACAAAGCACAGGUGAGAGAUGCACAAUAUGUGCCAUACUCAUGUCAGUAUUGCAAGGAGACGUUUUCUGGCCCUAUUCCAUUGCAUCAACAUGAGCGUUAUCUUUGCAAGAUGAACGAGGAGAUCAAGGCUGUCCUCAAACCUAACGAAACUGUACCACCAAGCCGCAGGGGUCUUUUCAGUACUGAGCAGCAGGCCUCAUCCAUUUCUGAGAGGAAUGCCACCAGCCCGGUCAACCCCUACAAGGAUCACAUGUCAGUACUGAAAGCUUACUUUGCCAUGAACACUGAGCCCAACUCUGAGGAACUGAGGAAGAUCUCCAUGGCAGUGGGUCUUCCUCAGCAUUUUGUGAAGGAUUGGUUUGUGCAAUGGAAAGCUCAAUCUCCUCACAGCUUGUCUAGGAAAAGAUCUCCUGAACGAAACUGUGCAGAGAUCAACCAUGGAUUGGUCCGAGAGUCAGCACUUAACCGGUCACCAGUUUCCCUGCGCCAAUAUGGCGACUCGACAGCUGAGAUCCUAGCCAUCAUCAAUGACGAUUCAGGACACAGGCUGUCCAAACCGCGUCAGUUUACAGGCAUCAGGCAGACCAAUGAAAAGCCACUUGACUCUGUGGACCACUUGAGAGGUGAGACACCCUCACCUUUGAACCUUUCAUCGUCAUCAUCCAAACACUCUCAUAGCAGUUCGUACACCCCUAACAGCCUCGCCUCAGAGGAUGCCCAUGGGGAACCACUAGACUUGUCUUUGCCAAAACAAGUUUUCAAGGCAGAACGGAGGCCCAAACUGAAUGGUUUUUUUCUUGACCACAAUUGUGACUCUUCUGCACAUGAACAGGGAACAGAACCUUUAAACUUGGCCCACAUCAAGAAGGAGUUCAAUGGGUCCAAUGAAAAUCAUCUGGAGAAAAGCUCAAGCCCCAUCUUUAGCAUAAACCCUUUCGGUGGCGGCCAUAUGUACACCUCGCUUCCCCCUCAUGGAGCAUUCCCUCCACCUACGUUCAUGUCACCGGCUCAGGCCAGCAUCCCAGGACUCAGGCCUUAUCCAGGGUUGGAUCCUAUGAGCUUCCUACCACAUAUGGCUUAUACUUAUUCAGCGGAGGCAGCCAGCUUUGCUGAGAUGCAGCAACGUCGGAAAUACCAGCGGAAACCAGGCUUACAGGGGGAGCUACUGGACAGUGCAGGGGACUAUCUGUCAGGGCUAGAGGACCUGACAGACAGCGAGUCGCUUCUCGCCCGGAAGAAGAUUAAGAAGACUGAAAGUGGUAUGUACGUGUGUGACUUGUGCGACAAAACAUUCCAGAAGACCAGUUCCCUCCUAAGACACAAAUAUGAGCACACAGGAAAGCGGCCUCACCAGUGUCAGAUUUGUAAGAAGGCCUUCAAACACAAGCACCACCUCAUCGAGCACUCACGCCUACACUCGGGCGAGAAACCCUACCAGUGCGACAAAUGUGGCAAGCGCUUUUCCCACUCCGGCUCUUACUCGCAGCACAUGAACCACAGAUAUUCCUACUGCAAACGGGAGGCGGAAGAGCGCGAGGCUGCCAAACAAGAUAGUCAUGACAACAGCAGACCCCUUGAGCCCACAGAGCUCCUAAUGCGUCGGGCUUACCUUCAAGGACUCGGGCCCCUAGGGUUUUCAGAUCCAGAGGACCAGACUGAGGACAUCACACGAGGCAACACCAUCUUGAGAGAUGGCACUGAGGACAGGGCCAGAGAGGUAGAGGCGUAUCCGAAAGUGACUGACAGGCAAGAGACAGGGUUGGAAGAGGAGAUGGAGGCAGAGAAGCCGAGAUUUGGCACUCAGAGCCCAGAUGGGACAACAAAAGAAGAGAAAGAGUGUGAAGUAACGGGAGGGACAGAGGACGAGAGCUCGGAAGAGGGGAAAUUGGCGAGCAGAAUAAAUCCUUACGGCGAGAAUGAGGAUGCUGAUUAACUACUGCGUUUCGGAUUACGCUUACUGCAUACUUUGUUUUCGUUUUCCCUCAAGCUUGUAUUUGCCCUUCUUCCACCCCUUUGGAGGGACUUUGAGCCAGAUUCACAUUUGUACCACAAUGCCACGUCUUGGUGGAGGCUUGUGCUCGUCGAUAUAAAGAGUGGAAGUCCAAUAAGCAAGCAUCAUAAACUAGGUCGGAUCAUGAAGAAAUCCAUAUUAUGCAAAACUAAAUGUGUUAACGAUUGUCAGGAAAAAAACAACAAAUGUACAGAGUUUUCAGCAAGACAGCUGUGCGGUGCUGAUUUCCAUAUAACUCCUGUAUUUGAUUGUGGUUGUAGCACAAGUCUGGAAAUUACACUCUGAAAGUAUUACAAAAAAAGGCAAAAUAAAACACACAAAAAAAAAAAGAAAAGAAAGAAAAAAAUCUUAUAGGUAAAAAAAAAGCAUUGCCUAUAUGUACUUAUACUGCGCUUGAAGACGCAGUAGUGUGUCAGUGUUAUAUUUCGUCUAUCACUUACUGUGAUACCCCAGAUUUUACCUUUCUUUUCCUGACCAGCCACACCAUUUUGGGGGUCCCACCAUGGCUUUUUAUAACGUUAUUUUAACUAAAGAAAAUCAAAUAAAAAUACCUAUGUGAUUCUUAAACAUACAAAGUCUUAAAGUUGGCCAGGGGUGGAUGAAAAGUGUGAGAAACUGUCAUGAUGACGAAGGCUCGUUGUAUGAAUGUUCGCCAGAACCCGUUUUUUGUUUUUUUUUGUUCGAGAAAAGCCUUAUAUGCAAACCCUUUCACCUGUGUUUUCUGAAAGUGCCAUCCUUGUACAGUAUAAAGCGAAGUCAACUAGUGUUCUCUUUGCACCUGCUUUAGUAUUAAAUUAAAUAUUUCACCUUGUCGUUUGAAAUACCUACAUCAGUAUUAGUAUAUCUAGACUGCAGUUGUUUAGUUUACAUAUUGUUUGUGCAAUUUUCUGUAUUUUUUAAGGUCAUCUGUCAGUAUUAUCUUGGUUUGUUUUAUUUUGUUCAAUACAAAAUUCAUUUUUAUUUUAAACUACCAUUUUAUUUAUGUGACUCAUUUUAUAUUUCCUAAUUAUAUUUAUUUCAUACUGUAGUGUACAGUAUUAUAGUUCCUUGAUAUAGAUAUAUUUUAGUAAAUAAGGAUCCUUACAAGUGGAGCAAAUUUUACGUAAAGAGAGCAUUUAUUGUAUCUGGAGCGAUUGAUGUGAAUUGCUCUUCAUACUACACUUACCUGAUGAAGGAGAAUCUACAAUUUGAGAACUUUUGAUACAAUAUUGUGAAAACACUGUAUUUUUGACUAAAAGGAAAAAAAAAAAUCCACUUUAUUCAUCUUAUUUGUUUUUUCCUUUUUCCCUUUUUAGCUAAAGAUA